GAGGGCUUUGUUAUCUGGAUGCUUGUAACCCAAUCGCACAGGCUUGGCUUCCCAGUGGCAGAUCCAAUAGCACACUUGUCCCUGAAAGGUGAGCCUCUUCCCGCUGCCAGAGCCACGAGCAGACACCUGGACCUGGCCGGGGAGCUGCUCACAGCUCAGGCCCCUGAUGCUCUUUGUGGGACCGCCACAGCCCUGGGACAGUGCAGCCCUUCUGCCACCUCACCUGAGGCCCUGGAGGGAGAAGAGCACCUCAGGACAGCAUGUCCCAGGCUGGUGGCAAUGCCUGUGCAGAGGACACAGGGCCAGGCACCGAAGCCCACUCCUGUACCCUGAGCCGAGGUAGCCACAGGAUUGACUGCAUCAUCUGCUACUCCUCCUACGACCUGUGCAGCCGACUGCCACGCCGGCUGUACUGUGGCCAUACCUUCUGCCAGGCCUGCCUCAAACGCCUUGACGCCAUCGCCAAUGAACAGCGCUGGAUCCCCUGCCCGCAAUGCCGCCAAAACACACCCACACCACGUGGCGGAGUGGCAAUGCUUGACCUGGACCUGGCCACUUUCCUUGCCAUUAAGGCCGACAAGGAGCAUCCCUGGGUGGCUGGCAGGCCCGAGCCCGACUUGGCCACCAAAGGGUCAUGCAAAGAGAAGGUGGUCACCCAGCAGCCGUCAGGACUGUGCCAAGACCCAGUGCCCCAGGCACCGUUCCCCCGAAGUGGCUGCUGCCGGCGAUGCCUUUGCUGUGGGGUGACAGCUGACUUUGAGAGCUGAGCAGGCUCUUGGCAGGCUGGGGCUGCUGUGGGCAGUGGGAGGAUGGUGCUGCCUGGGGGCACACGGACUGGCAGGGCAGGCAGAAGCUCUGCAUAGCUCAGCAGAUGGAGCCAGGGCUUCCUGUGCCCAGCAUGCUGCAGGCAGUCAAGCUCCUAGGGCGCUGCCUGGGCCCUUUUUGAGGACUAGCCGCCCCUUGAAAGCAGCUCAGCCCCAACCAUGCCCUGAGUCCACAUGUGGAGAGUCGCAGAGGGGCUGUUCCCGGGUCCCAGCAACUCGUAAGGGGACUCAGCUUGUACAGAGCUCGUUGCCUAUCCUGCCAGGAUUUGGGGUGCAACAGAGGGUGGGAUGAGGAUAUAUCUGCCCCUUCAUCCUGCCUAUUUAUCCCUUUGACAACUCUGAAAUCUUGUCCAGCCAUCACAGAUGUCCCCUGGAGCCUGGCCCAGGACUUGCUGAUGCCUGGCUUCUCCAUGCGUGCCACUCCACAGCAGGGACACCUCAGCCAAGUGUCCCAUCAGGCAGGGUACAAGGGGAGCCUGGCACAACACAGCAAAGCAGAGAUACUUUGGAGAGUAUGUCUGAUACCCAAAAACUUCAUGUCUAUUAAACAA